AGUGGUGGAGAAAUUACUUUGUCGGUUGUGGUCCGGUUUGGGAUUUUACGCUUAGUACCACCUAUAGAGAUGCUAAAAAGUUAGGAAUUGUUGGUCUUGGAAUCGUACAUGUUAUUUACAAGUUGAUGCUUGCUGGAAAACUUAAUGGGACGACGAAAACAACAUCUGCGCGGCCGUUCAAGGUGUGGCUGGUAGAGAAGCUCGAGGCAGACGAUUGCUCCCCCCCCCACCCCUUCCCUUCCCUUACUGCCCUGUCGGGAGUGCGGGUACCGUGUUUGUUUUUUUGUUUUUUGUUUUUUCUGCCUGGAAGCAACCCGCCAACUUGUGAAUUCAUGAUCACAUGACCGUGGAUAUGGACGCAGUCCUGUCCGACUUUGUCCGUUCCACUGGAGCUGAACCGGGAUUGGCCAGAGAUCUGCUGGAGGGCAAGAACUGGGAUUUCACUGCUGCCCUCAGUGACUUUGAGCAGCUUCGACAGGUGCAUGCUGGGAACCUGACGUAUUCAUUCACAGAGGAGAGGACGUAUCUGCCUCCCGAAAAGGAGAUGGCCAGAGUAGGACGGCCUAUACUCCACCGACAAGAUGAGGUGGUGCAAGCCACAGAGAAGCGCCUGUCCAGGGGUAUUUCCCACGCCAGCUCAACCAUUGUGUCCUUGGCCCGCUCUCACGUCUCGAGCACUGGUGGUACCAGCAGUGAGCCACUUCUGGACACGCCACUGUGCACUUUCCAACUACCAGACCUCACCGUGUACCAGGACGACUUCCGUGGUUUCAUCGAGAGGGAUCUCAUUGAGCAGUCGAUGAUGGUGGCCUUGGAGCAUGCUGGACGACUAAAUUGGUGGACAAAGGUAGUUCCAAACUGUCAGAGUCUGCUGCCUCUGGCAACAAGCGGAGAUGGAAAUUGCCUGUUACACGCAGCCUCGCUUGGUAUGUGGGGCUUUCAUGACCGGGACUUGAUGCUGCGCAAGUCCCUGUAUGCGCUGAUGGAUCAUGGGUUGGAGAGAGAGGCGCUGAAGCGCAGGUGGAGGUGGCAGCAGACCCAGCAGAACAAAGAGUCCGGUCUGGUGUACACUGAGGAGGAGUGGCAGAAAGAGUGGAAUGAACUAUUGAAGCUAGCCUCCAGUGAGCCGAGAAUACACUACAGCACCAACGGCACCAACGGGGCGGAGUCCUCAGAUGAACCAGUUUAUGAGAGUUUAGAGGAGUUUCACGUCUUUGUCCUGGCUCAUGUCCUCAGAAGGCCCAUAGUGGUGGUGGCUGACACCAUGCUGAGGGACUCCGGAGGGGAGGCUUUUGCUCCAAUCCCAUUCGGAGGCAUAUACCUACCGCUGGAAGUGCCAGCUGCCAAGUGCCAUCGCUCACCCCUGGUCCUGGCAUAUGACCAAGCACACUUUUCUGCUCUGGUCUCUAUGGAACAGAAGGACAGCUCCAAAGAGCAAGUUGUGAUCCCUCUCACGGACUCCGAGCACAAAAUGCUGCCUCUUCACUUUGCUGUGGAUCCUGGAAAAGACUGGGAGUGGGGCAAGGAUGACACAGACAACGUGAUGCUGGCGAGUGUGGCUCUUUCUUUGGAGGCCAAGCUCCAGAUGUUACACAGCUACAUGACGGUCACCUGGCUUCCCCUGCCCUGUGAGCAAGCCCCUCUGGCCCAGCCCGAGUCUCCCACAGCGUCAGCAGGAGAGGAUGCCCGAACGCCUCCUGACUCAGGAGAGUCGGACAAGGAGUCAGUGAGCAGCAGCUCCAAUGGCAAUGGCGACACAACCACAGGAUCCACGGUCAAUGGAGGGGGGUCAUUGGCCAAGAACAGCUCCUCUUCCUCAUCUAGUUCCUCUAGCAGUGCUUCAGCAGGGGCAGGGACAGGAACAGCGGGGAAGGAAAAAACCAAGAAGGAGAAGGACAAGGAUAAAGACAAGAAGAGGGCAGACUCUGUGGCCAACAAGCUUGGCAGUUUUGGCAAGAGCCUGGGUAGCAAGCUGAAGAAAAACGUGGGUGGACUGAUGACAGGGAAGAACGCUGGAGCUGGAGGUGCCAAGCAGGAGGGUGGGGAGAAGAAAAAGGGCUCAUUUAGGGGGAGGAAGGGCAGCAAGGAUAGCUCGCCUUCAGCCCACGCCUCAGAGGAUUCUGGGAAAGGCUCCCCCUCCUCAGGUAGCGAGCGUCUCAACGGAAUAGGAAGCAGUAUGAGCAGCAGUGGUGGGAGCAGCACUGAGAGCGAGACCUACAAGUACAGUGCAGAUGUCAAGGUUAGCCUGGGCAUCCUGCGAGCCGCCAUGCAAGGUGAGAGGAAAUUUAUCUUUGCCAGCCUUCUCACUACCAGCAACCGGCAGCCCUUCCAGGAGGAGAUGAUCCAGCGCUACUUGGCCGAUGCAGAGGAGCGCUUUCGAGCUGAGCAAGAACAACAGCGUCGUGACGCAGAAAGGAAGGGCGUCACUAAUGGCAUCCAGCCAGCUAAGAAGGAGGUGGUUGGUGGUACGGAGCUGAGUUACCGGCCUUAUGAGGCCAAAGAAGAGCUGUCAGAAAACUCGUCACCUUCCUUCAACCAGCUCAAGCCCUCUCCUUUGAGCCCCUCUAUGUACUCUGGGGUAGUGCCCAUCCCCCGGCCCUCCUUCAUCGAUCAGCCUCCUGCUGCAGCACCUCUCACCCAGCACCUUCAUAUGCACGGCUACAUUGAUAAUCGGCGCCAGCUAGCUGGUGGCUCCCCUGUAACCUCCUACCCUGGCCUUCCCUCGUACGCCACCCUUCCCCGACACUGCCCCACAACGCAGGGUCCCUCCCACCCCCAGUACAAUAACUCACAAGGCCCCUCUUCCCUGAGUCCCUCUCGCCUCGCGCCCUCAUACCCGCCAGAGUUUGACCCUCCGGACUAUCCGGGGUCUGAACCUGCUGGUGGGAACUACACCAACGGCUUCCGGGACAUGCGCUCCAACCUAGACUCUCGGAGCGGACAGCCACCAGUCAGACACUACUCGCUGGGCAGUGCCGGUGGCUUGGCCAGCCUGCAGUCCAGUCGCUGUCGGACACCCAACUGCACCUACUACGGACACCCCGAGACGGGCAACUACUGCUCCUACUGCUACCGGGAAGAGCUGAAGAAGAGGGAGACAGAACCAGCCAUCCACAGGUUCUGAGUGGACCUUGCUAUGGUUCGAAUUCGAUGAGUGGCCUUUUCAGUUAAACAAAAUAUUGGUUGGGGCUGAUCAGCCUCUGAAUGGACAAGAGAAAGGAAGCCAGCUCCCUCCCUUUUUUUUUUAGCUGUGUCACUUCCUGUUGAACCAUGUCAGAAAGUGACAGAGUCAACACGACUACAGAAUAAACAGGGUGGUUUCUGACUGCUGGGGUCACGUGUUAGACCAUAGGAUGAACUAACUGCACUUCUGUUACAUUUUGCUGUGGCUCUUAUGCAGGCGUUGUGUAUGAGUGUGUGUGUUUGUGUGUGUUUGUGUGUGUGUGUGAGUUGCAGGCUCUCCUCCUUUAUCCAAGUUUAACGUCUUGCUAUCGUCUCCUCCUAGUGGAGAGAAUGUAUAUGGCAGGCGCCAUACGUAACACUCAUCAAUACACAAUACAAUACAUGCACGCAUAAACACUAAGUCAGACUCACACUUCUACAUGCACAGUGAUGCAAGCACAAACAAAAGGCAUGAGUGUUUCCACUCCAUUUGUAGAUUGUGAUAAUGUUUGGAUUGGUCAAUUAAGGGAUGUUUGAGCAUUUUGAAGUCACAUCCUGUUAGGGUGAUUUCAGUGUUACACAGAUUUUACACUACUGUUACUAGAUGCUUGCGUCAUAUGUACCUCGGGAAACAGCAGAAUUAAUCCUUGUCGAAUGGCUUUUUUGUUGGUCUCCAUUUGCAUAAUGCAAAUUGCAACUACCGUGCAAUGCUAAUGAUUAAGCGUUCUGUGGGCUGCUGUGGUGCUAAUGUUCCAGAAUGCAAACACGUAAAUGUACAUGCAUUUAACACUACUGCUCUGCACUGUCUCUCUAUCUUUCUGGCCAAACAAAUUCUUCAUUUUUGUCAAAUUCAUAACAUCUAUAAACUGGAUUUUGAGGAUGUCAACCCUUUGAAGAUUAAGAGCAAUUGGUCACAUUAUCGGCACUGCAGAACAAAGACGACAACAUCUGACUAUGUUAAGAUACUGUUCCCAGAGCCGGAUCCAGAGUAUUUCAUAUGUUUGUUGGAAUGUUUCUUUUUCUUAGUUUGGUCUUCCUCUUUCAACAAUAGAUGGUGUUGAGGCCUUUGAUUAUUGUGGCCAACCCAGACAUGCAAUACUACACACUACAAAGUCGAAAUGUCACAUCCAGCGCAGCAGAUUUUGGAGACGCCUGUCACAUGAGUGAUUUACCGUGUAAACAGUGUUGUUAAAACGCUGCAUAGCGCAUUUUUGAAGCUGAAAAAGUUCAUUGUUCUGUAGAACAAAUUAACAGAUUUGUCAUCACACAAGUGAUGAGAAGUCGUCCUAAAGCCGUGGGGAUAUCUUCAGUUGUGACAGUUUUCUCCAAUAUCUGUUUGCAUGAUACAAAGUGGCACAUCCGCUUUUAAUGGAUGCUGAUACUCGAAAAUGACAGUCGCAUUGCACUGACAAAUUCUGGGGACAAGUUGUGGUUCUGAAAAUCACUGUUUUGAAACAACAAACCCUCAGUGGUCUGAUGGUUUAGAAAAGCAAAACAUGUUUCAUAUUAUCUCAUGAUCACACAAAACAUGAACUAAGACAUUAAUCACAUUAGGUGUUCUGAAUAAUAGGACAUUUUAAUGCUUAUUGGUGUGGUCGUCCACUGCAAAUUUUAAAGUUCUACUGAAGGCGGUUUCUUAAUUUCUGGCAUUCGUCCCGCCAAAACGUAAUCUCUUUUUGCACAAAUUCAAGCACUUUCCUGAUGUCCGUAGAUACGAAACGUUUUGCUGUUUUUGAAGUGGCCUGACUGUUGUCCUUUGUUCAUCUCUGCAGACACUGCCACCUCUGUUCAUGGGAAACCAGGGGCACAGGCCAGAGGGUUUUCUCUAAAGGAUUCAGUUACUGUAGAGCUACAGCAUUUUGGUGCCAGUGUCACCAUCUCACUCAGUUUCCUAGUUGCCUUUUUCAGCAUCACAGUCCUGUGUGUCCAUUGCAGAAGAUGAACACCAACUUUGUACUGCUUCCUUCAUUGGCUGCAGUUGCCCACAAAUUUUACCUAUUAAUAUUAUUUGAAUUUGUGUGGAAGCUAUUGAAAUAAUACCAUUAUUUUUUCAGUUAGGCAUACUGUAUCAACUAGUUGAUACCAGCUGAUGUUCUGUUUGAGUUUACCUUGUUAUAAUUUCAAAUUUUAAGCUGUUUUAGUUGUAAAAAUGUCGAAAUGACUACUUUAAUGCUUAAGUUUGUUAUUAUUUCCCUUAUAAUAAGCCAUGGCAAGGAAUUUCUUUUCAGGUAGUGUGACGGUAGUUGCUCUACUCUUGUCGAUUUCAUCUGUUUUUUGGCAUUAAGUCUUUUAGAAAAGCACAAUUUAGUAUGCAAUUCACUGCCUUGCCCAGUUGAGGGCACCCUUGAUUUGUUUUUCUUUUUUGCUCAGUCUUUGGAACUUGCCCUUGUGCCCUACAUCCAAACUAUAGAUGAAAAUAACCAAAAUGUUGAGGGAAUAAUUUUCAGUAGUGCUAAUUUAACACUAUGUAACACUGUAUUACAGUAUUUUCCAAACAUUGCAGAUGCUUUUUGGGGGGGAGGGGGCUUUUUGCUGUGCAUUUAAAGUGACACUAAAGUUUUAAUGACAAUAAAACACUUAAAUCUUGCUAUUUCCCAAGAAAACAUUUGCUGUGUCUAUGUGUGUUGACAUGUGGUCAUGCACGAGCAUUUUGAUUCAGAUGAGAUCCAUCAAACGUACCCUUACUGUGGGAAGGUGAAGCCUGUUUUAAAAAUAUGUAUGUGUGCAUACUCUCUUUCCCUCCCUCCAAAGUAAUAAUUAGCUUACAAAACCAUUUCUUAUUUAAUUUUAUUUAAUUUUUAUUAAUUUUGUUUUUUUUUUCUUUUUUUUUUUUUUUGCAAUGAAGCGGAUGCCUCAGAAAAAAGUAAAACAUCAGACUUUACAGGCUACAAACUUUUUUGUAUUUAAGAUGAAAACAGUGAGAGGUUGUAUAAAUAUGUUCCACGUUAUUUUUGUAAGCCCAAAGUUUUACAGUGUUUUUAAAAUGGUAAGAAUGUAUAUUGUUGGACGAUAAGCUUGUCAGAGCCUGGGUUUGGGGUAGAAUUGUUGUUGACAUUUUGGCUGUUGAAGGCGAUUCCCGGACGGGCCUCUCGAUACUCGAGGCUCUCUCAUUGCAAACUAAUUUCCUCAAUGCUGACCUAACAAGAUACCAUUUGAAAAUAUAUAUUUAUAGUGAGAUUUUUUUAAUAGGUUUCCUUGUGGAAUGUUUAGUUGAGAUGAUUUAGGAUGUUCUUUCUCACAUGGCUAAUUGUCUAGCAGUCUGGCUUUUAUUUGUUUGUUGCUUUUUUGAUUUGUACAUUUUGUUUACUUUUUUCCUACACACACCAAUCCAUGCUAUGCUAAAAACAUGACAGUGACGUCCUUGUUGACCCAGCUCAUUUCCCCCAAACCAGAGGAGAAAUGGCUCAGAAUUUGUUUUGCAACACAACCGACCCAAUAUAUUUUUAUAUAUUGUACAACACUGUCAUUUCUGUGGGAACAGAAUAUUCAUCGUGAGUGACAUUAACAUGGAAUACUUCGAGUUGCAUGGGACUGGAACUGUUGCAUGUAAAUGGCAAUCCAUUUUACCAAAUUUGUGCAUUAUUUUAACUUGAUUUCAGCUGUCCUGGUAUUUUUGAUCUGUUUUUAUUUUUUAUCGUUUUAAUGUUUUGGUUCUUUUUUUUUUGAGAGGAGAGUCUCCUAAGGCUGUGUGACAGUGCAAUCUGGAUAGAGAGAACAUCAGAUUUUAUGUUAGGUUAUUAUUAUUAUUAUAAUUAUUAAUUUUUUUGCACCGU